CAAACAUCACGCCUAGAUGUCGCCGCAAGCAUGCAUUACAAAAUUUUCAUUAAAAGCUAUCACCCAAUUAAAUCAACAGCUGUUUGUGACAGUUCUUUGACUACUGAAAUGAUAAGCAAACGUUUACUAACUUUGUACGAAAGAAAAGAAUUAUACUAAAAUCUUUUUUGUGAAGUAAAAUAAACUAAAGUAAGUUAUUUAAAAAGUUCCAAAAAUGUCGAAUAUAACAGCAGCGGUAAUUGCGAAUCGCAAUAAGAAACACUUUCUAGGUGUGCCGGCACCACUUGGUUAUGUUGCUGGUGUUGGUAGAGGUGCCACUGGUUUCACCACACGUUCUGAUAUUGGUCCCGCACGUGAUGCUAAUGAUGUUUCUGAUGAUCGACAUGCACCGCCUGCGGCUAAACGUAAAAAGAAAGAGGAGGAAGAAGAAGAAGAUGAAGAUUUGAAUGAUUCCAAUUAUGAUGAAUUCAGCGGUUAUAGUGGUUCAUUGUUCUCUAAAGAUCCAUACGAUAAAGAUGACGAAGAGGCUGAUCAAAUUUACGAUUCAAUAGACAAACGAAUGGAUGAAAAGCGUAAGGAAUAUAGAGAUCGGCGCAUGCGUGAAGAUUUAGAACGUUAUCGUCAAGAAAGACCAAAAAUUCAACAACAGUUCUCUGACCUGAAACGUUCUUUGGCAAAUGUCACUGCUGAAGAAUGGUCAACCAUACCGGAAGUAGGUGAUAGUCGUAAUCGUAAACAGCGUAAUCCACGCGCAGAAAAGUUUACACCACUACCGGAUAGUGUACUGGCACGUAAUCUCGGAGGAGAAGCUUCAUCUACAUUAGAUCCAUCAUCUGGUUUGGCUUCGAUGGUACCAGGCGUUGCUACACCGGGCAUGUUAACACCGACUGGUGACUUAGAUUUACGUAAAAUCGGUCAGGCACGUAAUACGCUGAUGAAUGUUAAGCUUUCACAAGUCUCAGAUUCAGUAACAGGGCAAACCGUUGUCGAUCCGAAGGGUUAUCUUACAGAUUUACAAAGUAUGAUACCGACUUACGGUGGCGAUAUUAAUGAUAUCAAGAAAGCACGUUUACUAUUGAAAAGUGUGCGUGAAACCAAUCCAAAUCAUCCACCUGCUUGGAUUGCUUCGGCACGUUUAGAAGAAGUCACUGGUAAAGUGCAAAUGGCACGAAACCUUAUUAUGCGUGGCUGUGAAAUAAAUCCACAAUCAGAAGACUUAUGGUUAGAAGCCGCACGCUUGCAACCACCAGACACCGCUAAAGCGGUUAUUGCACAAGCUGCACGACAUAUACCUACUUCGGUGCGUAUUUGGAUAAAGGCAGCCGAUUUGGAAACUGAAACGAAAGCAAAACGACGAGUUUUUCGCAAGGCCCUCGAACAUAUACCCAACUCGGUGCGACUUUGGAAAGCCGCUGUUGAGUUGGAAAAUCCCGACGAUGCACGUAUUCUACUCUCGCGUGCUGUCGAGUGUUGCAACACCAGCGUGGAAUUAUGGUUAGCUUUAGCACGUCUUGAGACUUAUGAGAAUGCACGCAAAGUGUUGAAUAAAGCACGUGAGAAUAUACCUACCGACAGACAAAUUUGGACAACUGCCGCAAAACUUGAAGAAGCCAACGGCAAUAUACACAUGGUGGAGAAAAUCAUUGACCGUUCCUUGGCAUCACUUUCCGCUAAUGGUGUAGAAAUAAACCGCGAGCAUUGGUUUCAAGAAGCCAUUGAAGCCGAGAAAUCUGGCGCUGUGUACUGUUGUCAGGCUAUAGUAAAAGCUGUUAUUGGUAUAGGCGUUGAGGAGGAGGAUCGCAAGCAAACAUGGAUAGACGAUGCCGAGUUUUGCGCUAAGGAGAACGCUUUCGAGUGUGCACGCGCUGUCUAUGCGCAUGCCUUGCAGAUAUUUCCUUCGAAGAAGAGUAUUUGGUUGCGUGCUGCUUACUUCGAGAAAAAUCAUGGUACACGUGAAUCACUGGAAGCUUUACUGCAGCGUGCAGUUGCACAUUGUCCUAAAUCCGAGGUUCUCUGGUUGAUGGGUGCCAAAUCCAAGUGGCUCGCUGAUGACGUGCCAGCAGCACGUGGUAUAUUGUCCUUAGCUUUUCAGGCUAAUCCUAAUUCCGAGGACAUUUGGUUGGCUGCUGUUAAACUGGAAUCUGAGAAUGCAGAAUAUGAACGUGCACGUCGUCUGUUAGCUAAAGCUCGUUCAUCGGCGCCUACUCCACGUGUCAUGAUGAAAUCCGCACGUCUAGAAUGGGCUCUAGACAAUUUGGAGGAUGCUUUGCGUCUGCUGGAUGAGGCCGUGAAGGUAUUUCCCGAUUUUCCGAAACUAUGGAUGAUGAAAGGACAAAUUGAAGAACAGCAGAAUAAAUUAGAUGAAGCUGCGGAGACUUACAGCCAGGGCAUUAAGAAAUGCCCCACAUCCAUACCACUUUGGAUACUAUCAGCUACGCUAGAAGAACGAAAAGGCACUCUAACAAAAGCACGUUCAACACUAGAACGUGGUCGUUUACGGAAUCCAAAGACUUCUACGUUAUGGUUAGAGGCGAUUCGUAUAGAACUUCGUGCUGGUUUAAAUGAAAUAGCGAGCACAAUGAUGGCACGUGCUUUACAGGAGUGCCCUAAUGCAGGUGAAUUAUGGGCAGAGGCAAUUUUCAUGGAGUCUAAACCGCAGCGCAAAACGAAAUCGGUUGAUGCAUUAAAGAAAUGUGAGCACGAUCCACAUGUACUAUUGGCUGUUUCAAAGCUAUUCUGGUCUGAGCAUAAAUUUACGAAAUGUCGUGAUUGGUUUAAUCGCACGGUCAAAAUCGAUCCCGACUUGGGUGAUGCUUGGGCGUACUUUUAUAAAUUUGAGCUGCUACAUGGCAAUGAAGAGCAACAGAAAGAGGUUUUGGAGCGUUGUGUAGCCGCUGAACCAAAGCAUGGUGAGGCCUGGUGUCGUGUAAGCAAGCAUAUUAAGAAUUGGUGUUUUAAGACACCAGAAGUAUUGAACGGCGUUGUCAAACAAUUAUCUAUACCUAUAUAAAUUGUACAACACUUUAGCUAUUAAUUCGCAAAUACAAUUUUUAUUUUUAAUUCAAAAAUAUAAAUAACAGAAACAUUUUAAAAGUCGAAUUCAUAAUUAAAGCA